AUGACUCGGAUCAACAUCACCACAAAAAAGCAACACAUUCAUUUCAUUAAUUUUGACCAGUGUCCCAUGCUAUCCAUAUCGGAAUGGGUAGACAACAAUGAGGAGGAGCUCAUUGAAAGCCACUUCUACAAAUACAUCCAAAAAAUAACAAGUUGCAUGCGGGCUCAUACCAGUUGUUUCGUGGGAUGCUGGACCAAGUCACUGGGAUCUGGGCAACCAAGCAAAGUCAUGGGGUCCACUACAACAUUCAGACUUUUGACUCCAAUGCCAGAAGUAUCUUCUUUCUUGGGCCCUGAACAACCAAGGUCAAGGGGGAAAACAUAA